AAGAAAAGAAAAGCAACUUUUUGAAGUCAUGCAAAUCAGCUGCAAAUCCUUCGAUGGGGGUGGAACCGGAGUACUCCGUCGCCGGUGCUCGGAAUUGUGAAGGUUUCUCACAGCGGAAAAGGGGGGAAAUCAGAGAAAAAACGAGGAACUGUACCCAUUCAUAUUCAUUAAAGCAAAGAACUUUAUCCCUAAAAUUCGCCCGUUAUAUUCAUGGAACUUCGUUACCUCAGAUCUGAUUUUUAUAUUUGAGUCAAAAAGGUCUAGGUUUGAAGGAUCAUGGAUCAUCGAAUGAGCAUGCUGCCUAGAUUCGGUCUGGGGAACGAUAUCAUUUUUACCACAUUAAAACAACCACUGGGUAAUGCAGAGAGCUCCAAGGAUGAGUCUUUACCUCUCAAUGUCACGGAUGCCCCUUCAACUAGGAGCAUUGGUACUUAUGCUCCUAAGCCAGAAUCUGAUCCCGUGAUCAAGUACCUUAACCAAAUACUGCUUGAGGAUGAUGAGAAUGAUCAGAGCGUAUCCUAUGAUCCCAUUGCGCUUCAAGCUGCUGAGAAAUCCUUUUAUGAAGCCCUACAUCAGAACCCAUCACCCCCUAAUCAAUGGGAAAGUGGAAGCACCAUUAGUAUGAGUAAAAACACUGUUCCCCAGUGUAAUGUUGACCCUGGAGGAUCAAAACAAUAUCUGGCUAGUGUUCCUCCUGACUUCUCUUUCCAGUCAUUGACUGCGUCGGAUUGUUCAAACGGAUCUUUACGUUGCUUUGACAGUAUUGAGAGAUCUGAAUCGAAUUCUUUGCUAUAUGCUAAUUCGGUUCCAAGUAUAUUAAUGGAUGCUAAAGACUUUGCCUUGCAUUUCAAUAGAGGUAAGGAGGAAGUCACUAGAUUCUUUCCUCAAUUGGUUCUUGAGACAGGUAAGGCUAAAGGAAAGAAGCAUCACCACGAAGACGAUGAUGGCGGGCCUGAGGAAGAAAGGAGCAGUAAGCAUUCGGCAGUGUGUGAGGAUGCAGUUGCGUUAUCAGAGGUGUUUGAUAAGGUUUUGCUGUGCAGUGACAAUAUGGAAUCUCAAUCUGAGGAUGGAAAGGGUACCAAAUGGAAGGGGCUUGGUAAUGGGAGAAGACAUUCGAAGAGAAGAGGAAACAGGUCUGAAUUUGUGGAUCUACCAUCCCUUUUAACCAGCUGUGCACAAUCUAUUGCUGCUGUUGACCAUAGGACCACAAAAGAGCUAUUGAAGGAGAUCAGGCAGAAGUCGUCACCUACUGGCUAUGCAGUCCAAAGGAUGGCUCAUGCAUUUGCAAAUGCUCUUGAGGCACGGCUUGAUGGAACUGGCGCACAACUAACUGCAGCCUUGACACCCAAUAAAGAGUUAGUUUGUGAGUUGCUAAAAACCCAACUUACAUCUUGGCCUGUCAUGAGGGUUUCGAUUUUCUUUGCGAAUAGAAGGAUCUAUGAGGUAUCCUCAAAGGGCACAUCACUGCAUGUCAUUGAUUUUGGCAUUAAUUAUGGUAUCCAGUGGCCCACUCUCAUCCGGGAUCUUUCACAAAGACCCGGUGGUCCACCCAAACUUCGAAUAACUGGAAUUGAGCUUCCCCAACCCGGUUUUCGUCCGGCACAAAUGGUAGAAGAGACUGGUUGUCGCUUGGCUGAAUACUGCAAGCGUUAUGGUGUGCCAUUCGAGUACAAUGCCAUUACAAGCAAUGACUGGGAGACAAUUAAGAUUGAUAACUUGAAGAUUAUGAGUGGUGAGGUGGUGGUUGUUAACUCUCUGUUUCGAUACCGGCACCUAUUGGAUGAGAGGGCUUUGGUUUCUCACAGCCCAAAGGAUGCAGUUCUGAACCUAAUCCGGGAAGCAAAUCCUCAUUUAUACGUGCAAGCUACGCUGUUAGCAUCGCACAACUCUCAUUUCUUUGUAAGCCGGUUCCGAGAGGCUCUCUGCUUCUACUCUGAUCUCUUUGACUUGUUCGAUGCGACCAUAAACCACAGUGACGCAGUGAGCUUCGAACAAAAAGUUGUUGGGCCUGAAAUAGUGAAUGUCAUUGCGUGUGAGGGCGCAGAAAGAGUGGAGAGGCCUGAAACAUACAAGCAGUGGGAAUCGCGCAAUAUGAGGGCUGGGUUUAAGCCUCUCCCUGUAAACCCAGAACUGGUGAAGGAGUUGAGGGGCAAGGUGAAGGCAGGAUAUCACAGAGAGUUCCUGCUUGAUGAAGAUGGUCCUUGGAUACUGCAUGGGUGGAAGGGUCGGAUUCUUUGCGGUAGUGCUUGCUGGGUACCAAACUAACAAGCUAUGAUAGAUAGAUAGAUUGAUCUUUAGUUUGUAGUUGUUCUAUUCCAGGAUGGAACUUUCAUAAUAAAAAAAUGGAACUAUG